AUGCUACCGGACAUUUUGGGUGACGGCUUGUUCCAAGUUCCGGUCUCUCCUCAUGGUGCUGUUCGCAUAACCGUCAAACGGCUAGAUAUUCCACCGCAACUGGUCAUGCUCCUGCGAGUGGAGACCUGGGGGCAUCCAUGUAAUAAUGGAAUCGGGAACGCGGGAACUGUCAAAGGCGGCGUGUCUUGCUCUCGCCCGAUUUGCAGCCAGAUGACAACAAACUCCCCGCCGUCCGUCAUACUCACGGAUGCACUCGCGUCUCUGAAUAAAGCAGUAAACACUGCAUUCACGAACAUACAGGAUCAAUCACGUCAAGAAGUCGCACAAGCAUGUGCUGAAGCACGGGAAGCGCGUCGCGAACGGGAUGAAGCCAUUACAGCUCUUCAUGAGCUUAGGCUCGAGGAGCAGGCGUGGAAGCAAGAGGCUGGUGCCCGAAAGUCUGCUGUUGAGCAAGCCGAAUUGACUAUAAAACACCAUGCAGAGACGAUCGCUCAACUUCGCUACGAGUCCGAGCAGUGGAAACAACAGUGUCUCCGUCUCGAAGACACGUCGCGUCAGGAAGCCACCAGCUGGAAAGAGCAAUUUCUACGCGUUGAGCAGGAGCGCCACAAGCUCGCAAAGCGUGUGGAUGAGCUUAUUGAAGAGCAGCUUUCUCACACUGUCCAAGCACACGCGUCCACUCCAUUCACGAAAAUGUUCCAUUACCCUAACACAACAAGCAUUAGCGACCCAUCAGCAUCCUCACGUCACCGUUUCCCUCCCUACACCUCCGAACUUCCUGAUGAAUCCAUAUCUACAUCGUCAUCCAGAGCACCCAAACCCAUAUCCACGCAACAACUCCCCACUCCCGUUUCCGCGAACCGCAGGGCCUCCGGAGACCAGUCCAAGCAAUACCUAAUCCGACGCGUUCAGGCUGUGAUCGAGGUGCCUGUAAAGGAGGAGAGCAUGGAGGACACCAUUUCUGAUGAAGCACCAUCUGCAUCGAGUUCUUCUGCCUCAUCAUCAAGCUUGGAUCCAGCAUCCACAGUACCAAGAUCUGGUAGACAAACUUCAGCCAUCUCGAGCAAAACCUUAUCGAAACCCAGCAAACCCACCAACUCCGUUAGACAGGGCACCAACAAAGCUGUCUCAGCUACCAGCAAAUCUGCAUCACUCAAUAACAAGCCUACAUCGGCCGUAUCCACCAAAUCCGCACCACCACCGUCGAAAUCUACAGCAAGACCUAGUAAACCCACACUUUCUGGGACUGGCAAUACACUACUAUCCAAUUCUGCUACCAGCAAACCUACCUCCUCGUCCCGUUCUGCCCAAAAACUAAGCACUAAACGACAGUAUAUUGAGAUCGAUGAAGAUCGAGAUGUAGAAGAUAAGAUAUCAGAGCCAGGUAGUGAUCCAGCCACCGAGAACGAAGUUGACUCUUCAGAAGAGGAAGAUGACGAACUGACGCUGGGCGCCGAGGAAAAUCGCCGUGAAGUUUAUGGCACCAAGCGCAUCGCAGCGACGAGCAGUAUGAAAGCCGUGUCGCAGGCGCCGGCAAAAAAGAGGAAGCUUAUUUCGAGCACGACCGCUAUAAUACCGGGUGGCGGGAAGAAGCCUCCUGCGAAGACCUUGGAGUUUCCAUAUGAAUUUAUCGCUAUCUAUGAUGCGCGUGCGAGUUCAUGCCUCAUUUUGUAUGAUUAUGGUGACGCCCAAAGCGCUUACAAGAUACCAAUAUAUGAAUGCCCACGAAUUCUUGGAUGGGAUAAAGCUUCCUUCAUCUCACAUUGCACUAAGCCUCACUUCAAGUUGUCCCACAUAUCUCUCAUGACAGAACUGAUCAAGAAGCUGUGGAACUUCGUAACGUGGGCCAGCAGUACGAACGACGAAGUCCCUGGUCACCAAAAGACUGAGAAUCGAGGGCGAGCUACUUCAAGCACUCUAGAUGGUACAGGUGCCUCCCCUGGCGAGCCUCUCUUUUCCGUUGUUCUGCGAGAGGUCGCCGCAGAUCGAGAACGAGCUGCUUCAAGCACUCUCGAUAGCGCCGGUCCCUCGAGGAACUUCGGUUAUCUUCCCCGGGAGGUCACCGCAGAUCAAGUCCACCUUUUAUUGGAAAACGAUACAAACCCGUUCACAAACCAACCCCACACUGAGCAAUACAAAAAGAUCUUGGAAUCUCGCAAAACGCUCCCCGUGUUUGCACAUAUGACCGAGUUCUAUAAGAUAUUCAACAAACACCAAAUCAUCAUCAUGAUCGGGGAGACGGGCUCAGGCAAGACCACGCAAAUACCCCAGUUCGUCGUCUACUCAGAUCUUCCACACAUCAAGAAUAAGAUUGUGGCAUGCACUCAGACUCGCAGAGUCGCUACCACAGCUGUCGCGGAACGCGUGGCAGAUGAGAUGGACGUCCUACUCGGUCAACAAGUCGGUUACUCGAUACGUUUCGAAGAUGUGACCGAGCCCGGCAUAACCUUCCUCAAAUACAUGACAGACGGCAUACUCCUUCGCGAAGUCAUGCACGACCCAGACCUCAGCCGGUACUCCACUAUCAUCGUCGAUGACGCUCACGAACGCACGCUUGCUACUGACAUCCUCAUGGGAGUUCUCAAAACUCUCGCUCGCCGUCGCCCAGACCUCAAGCUCAUUAUCAUGUCUGCCACUCUGGACGCUCUCAAGUUUCAGGAGUACUUUGCUGUAUCCAGCGACGCCCUUCCUCCGCUAUUCAAGGUUCCCGGCCGCACUCACCCCGUUGAAGUGGUCUACAACAAGAAGCCGGUGUCAGACUACGUCAAGGCCGCUAUCCGUGUUGUACUCAAGAUCCAUUGCACUGAGAAACCAGGAGAUAUCUUGGUAUUCCUGACGGGUGAGGAGGAGAUAGAAGGUGCCUGCCGUAGUAUUAAGAGCGAGGUGGAUGACCUCAUCGCCUCCUACCCUGAGACCGUAGGCCCUCUCGAGUGCAUCCCAUUGUACUCCUGGUUACCGCCUCAACAACAACAGCGCAUCUUCGACCCGCCGCCCAAAGCAGGCAGUACUAGUGGCCCACCAGGACGCAAGGUCGUGGUGAGCACGAACAUCGCAGAGUCGUCGCUGACGAUCGAUGGGAUUGUGUACGUCGUGGAUCCGGGGUUUUCUAAGCAGAAGGUGUAUAAUGCCAGCACCCGCGUGGAGAGCUUACUUGUGAGCCCAAUCUCCAAGGAGUCGGCGCAACAGCGUACGGGCCGUGCCGGGCGAACGAGGCCAGGCAAAUGCUUUAGGUUGUACACGGAGAAGAACUUCAUGUCGGUGCUCCAGGAACAGACGGAACCGGAAAUUUUGAGGAGUAAUCUAGUAAGCACGGUGUUGAUGCUUGUCAAGGCAGGGAUCAAAGAUCUUGUCAAGUUUGAUUAUUUGGAUGAGCCAGCGCCAGAGUCAUUGAUGAGGGCGCUAGAGGUAUUGAAUUAUCUCGCAGCUGUGGAUGACGAUGGGAACCUCACGGCGCUUGGGAGUAUCAUGGCUGAAUUCCCUCUUGAUCCACAGCUCUCAAAGAUGCUGCUCAUCAGCCCAGAGUUUAAGUGUAGCAACGAGAUACUGACGAUCACUGCGAUGCUGUCAGUGCCAAAUGUAUGGCUACGGCCAAGUAACAAGCGAGAAGAGGCGGAUGCUGCAAAGGCUCUACUUACCGUCCCCGGUGGCGAUCACCUAAUGCUUCUGAACGUGUACAACGAGUACAUUCUAAACCAACACGACAAAGACUGGACGUGGGAGCACUACCUCUCCGCUCCAGCGCUGCUGCAAGCAGUCCACGUGCGCGAGCAGUUGGAACGGACGAUGGGGCGGUUUGAGGUGGAUAUCGUAAGCGUUCAAGAUCAGGGUGCGAUAUCUCUGGCAAUCAAAAAGGCGUUGUGUUGUGGUUUCUUCAUGCAAGCUGCACACAAGGUGGGAGGGAAGAGGAAUUAUAUGACCUUAAACAAUCAGCCCGUGGUGCUGCAUCCAUCGUGCAGACUGGAUACACAGCCGGAGUGGGUGAUUUUCAACGAGUUCGUGGUCACGAACAGACCCUAUCUACGGACAGUCACGGGUGUCCGACCGGAGUGGCUCCUCGAGUGCGCGCCCUUGUUCUUUGAUUUGGAGGAUUGGCCAGAGAGCGAGACGAAGCAUGCGUUGGUUUGGAAAGGCAGGGCGGGUGAGGGGGUCAAGGAAAUUAUAAAGUUGAGGACCUGGUGA